UAUCUUUUCCAUUCACACUCACAUAGCCACUAUCCUGCAACCAGCUUACGUGUACAAUAUCCUAAUUUUGAUAUAUUUUUCCUUUUGACUUUAUUCUCUGAAAGCCGCCUGUGUUUUCUCCAGAGACACUUCUGAAUGUGAAGCAGUGGGAUCCAAAGUCCAAACUCCAAGAUAGCAUCUUUGGACAGAGCGCUAAUUCUACAAGCAAAAUAAAUUCCAGAGGUCGGGAAGGCUGAACAGUGUGGAUGGAAAUGAUGAGAAUGUUAUGACAUCGUAGGUAUAUUUCCGCAGCCCAGAUUCAAUGGAGGGAUGGCUAGCGGGCGAGUGGAAUGCAUGGCCGAAGUGGAUUGCGCUCGCGAUUUUUCUGUUCUGCUUCUUGAUUCGUCUUGCUCUGAACAAGUUUUUGCCCAUCCACAGCCAGAUAAAAACGAAGCCUCAGAAACACCCACAGGCCUCCAAUGUUAGGAACAGCAAGUUAUACAGUCUGGCAAGGGCGGAUGCAUCCAGUGAGCAGCCCUGUCAACCGGGGGUUCAGGAUGGACCGGUACUCUCUCUGAAGAUUGGCUGGUGCUCAGAUGAAAGCUGUAGCGAGAGGGGUUCAGUGAAGGCUAUAAAAAAAGGUGUUCAGUUCAGGAUCUUUGAAAAGUUUUCAGAGGCACACCUACAAAUGCUUGUGAAUGAGUUGGAAGAAAAGUUAGUUCUUGAGGAACAAUGGGAAACUGUGAUAGAAAAAAAAAAUGAUAAUUUCUCAUAUAGUGCAAAAUGCUGUGAUCCAAAGGAUGGCAGCGCUACAAAAUAUAUCAGUACAACUAUCUUUGAGAAUUGCACUACAGAGUUAUUAAGAGAUUUCUACAUGGAUGAUGAAUAUCGGAAAGAAUGGGAUAAAACUGUUGUUGAGCAUGAACAACUAGAAAUCAACCAAGAAAAUGGAAUAGAAAUUGGUCGCAUAGUCAAGAAGUUUCCAUUUCUCACACCAAGAGAGUAUGUUCUAGCUUGGCGUGUUUGGGAAGGAAAGGAGAAGAGCUUCUAUUGUCUAAUUAAGGCCUGUGAACAUCAACUUGCACCUCGACAAAACAAGUACAAACGUGUUGAAUUUUAUUUUUCUGGAUGGCAUAUUAGGAAAGUUCCUGGUAGAGAUGCUUGUGAAAUUAAAGUGGUUCAUCAGGAAGAUGCUGGGUUGAAGCGUGAGAUGGCAAAAUUAUUCUUCUCAAAAGGCAUCUGGAGCUACGUAUGCAAGAUGGACAUAAAUUUGCGGAAAUAUGCAAAAAGAGCUAAAUCACAGUACAUUAAAAAACCAAAUGCUGUCGCUUUGAUGCAGAAGUUGCCAAGUGGAAUUGAGGAGAAUCCAGAUAAUGAUAGGAAUCCAAUAGAAGCAUCAAGUGUCGAAUCCAUUGUCACAAACAGGAAAGGGAUUCAGCAAAAGAGAAACUCAUUUUCUCGUUCUAAAAUGAAAUUGCUAGCAAAGGGGUUAUUGCUAUUGGGUGGAACAGUCUUCCUCACAAAAGGCCAUUCUUCUCUUGGGGCAAAGCUUGCUGUGGCAUGUCUUGUGAAUAAAUUGAUUAAAAAAGAUGGUGCCUCAAAAGACAGUAUACAAAAACAGCUGUUGUUGAGGCCACCUAUUGAAAACAAGCAUUGGUGAUGAAUGGACUGCAUAUGAGGAAGCUAUUAGCAAGAUGUGUUUGGUCAGUGCUCCGUGUUGGAUGAGACACUCAAAUAAAUACUGAAUCUAGGAGUGGUUGGCAUCAUUGUCCAACAUUGUUAUGGUAUGCUCAAAUGUGAAUAUCAUAUUAUAGUUGUGUUUAACACUAUUGUAUCUUACAAUUGUGUGAUCCAGCUGUGAGGUGUAUAUUAUAGGUCAGUUCUAAGAAGGGAGAUGUUCAUUUGUCUAUUAUAGGAUUUUUAGUUCAGAAAAGUUGAAGUUAUCAAUCUGUGGCACUUAUGUUUUGUCUUUUUGGAUUUGCAAGGAAAAAUUAUUAUAUUUAUAUUUUAUGUUACCAUCUAAUAAGUAGCAUGGAAGGAUAUAGUUCUCGUAACA